AUGAACCUCGCCCACACCGCUGUGCUCCUAUGGGUGUGGGGGAGCCUCCAGGCCUUCGAAAUUGUGGAGCAGGAGAAUAUUUUCCAGCGGACCCCCUGCCCAGCCUUUCUGAUGUUUGACAACGCAGCCUACCUGGCAGACAUGAGCUUCGAGCUUCCCUGCCGCUGUAAGCCUGAGGAGGUGUCCACCGUGGUGUGGUACUAUCAGAAGCACCUGGGCAGCGACCACACCAGAGUGCUCACGGACUUCGACGGGCGGGUGCUGACGGAGGAGUCCCAGGUGCGCGUGGGCAGCGACAUGCUGGUUCGCUUCAGCAUCCGCAUGUUCAGCCUGCUGGUUUUCCGGGCGCAGCCCGAGGACUCGGGCUUGUAUUUCUGCGGCACCCGCAAGGGGGACUACUUUUAUGCCUACGACGUGGACAUCCAAAGCGGGGAGGACAUGGUGGCCACCUUCAAGGACCAGGGCCAGGAGCCGUUCGCAGACGAGCACCACGGGAACCUGCACAUCUUCACCACCUUCUGGGAGUGGACCCCGUGCGAUCGCUGUGGGGUGCGAGGGGAGCAGUGGCGGAUUGGCCUGUGCUACCUGCAGAGCCCGGGGCUGUCCCCGCGCUACCGCAGGACCCUGCCCGACGUGGUGUCCUGUGGCUCGCAGGCCGUGCCCCAGAAGCUUCGGGCCCAGGCCAAGGAGCACACCCCCGAGCUCCUGGUGCAGAGCUGCGUGGUGCCCUGCGAGAAGAAGGAGGUUCGUGAGGGCUUGGUGGCCAUCCUCAGCUACGUGUCCAAGGCGGGCAGCCGGCCCUGGCUGCCUCAGGUGCCCAUCCAGUUCCACCAGCAGACGCUGGGGCAAGGACUCAUUAUCUCCUGCCCCGGGGCCCGGCCAGAGCACGCCGUGGCCUGGGACAAGGACCGCCAGUACUUCUACCGCACGCAGUACCUGCGAGGUGUCAACCGGUCCAUGCGGGUGUUCAUCGACCACGGCAACCACCUCCACAUCCGCUUCACCCAGCUCAGCGACCGGGGCAUCUACUACUGCUGGCGGCAGGGCGUGAGGGUCGCUGGCUUGCGGCUGGGUGUCACAGCCCGAGGCCAGUACCGGGCCUCAUUCUCGGACCCUGAGACUCGCUCCGCCCUGCAGCUCACCCUGAUAGGCUACCUGGUCAUCACGGCCGUCUUUGUCACCAUUCACCUCUGUCGCUGCUGCUGUUACUUAUCUCGCUGUUGGCCCAACUACUCCCCCUAG